AUGUCUGUGUUUGUGUUCAUGUUUGUGUUCAUGUCUGUGUUCAUGUCUGUGUUUGUGUUCAUGUUUGUGUUCAUGUCUGUGUUCAUGUCUGUGUUUGUGUUCAUGUCUGUGUUUGUGCUCAUGUCUGUGUUUGUGUUCAUGUUUGUGUUUGUGUUCAUGUUUGUGUUUGUGUUCAUGUCUGUGUUUGUGUUCAUGUCUGUGUUUGUGUUCAUGUUUGUGUUUGUGUUCAUGUAUGUGUUUGUGUUCAUGUCUGUGUUUGUGUUCAUGUCUGUGUUCAUGUUUGUGUUCAUGUUUGUGUUCAUGUCUGUGCUCAUGUCUGUGUUUGUGUUCAUGUCUGUGCUCAUGUCUGUGUUUGUGCUCAUGUCUGUGUUCAUGUCUGUGUUUGUGUUCAUGUCUGUGUUUGUGCUCAUGUCUGUGUUUGUGCUCAUGUCUGUGUUUGUGUUCAUGUCUGUGUUUGUGUUCAUGUCUGUGUUUGUGUUCAUGUCUGUGUUUGUGUUCAUGUCUGUGUUUGUGUUCAUGUCUGUGUUUGUGUUCAUGUCUGUGUUUGUGUUCAUGUCUGUGUUUGUGUUCAUGUCUGUGUUUGUGUUCAUGUCUGUGUUCAUGUCUGUGUUUGUGUUCAUGUCUGUGUUUGUGUUCAUGUCUGUGUUUGUGUUCAUGUCUGUGUUUGUGUUCAUGUCUGUGUUUGUGCUCAUGUGUGGAAUGAACCGCAUCAGGAUCCAUGUUCUUCCGUCGAGCCGUGGCCGAGUGCAGCCGGCGGCUCGCCUCCAGGAGCAGCUGACCUGUGCGUACGUCCUGAGGCCCUGUCCUCAGCCGCGACUGGAGGGGCAGGACUUCUGCAUCAAACACAUCCUGGAGGACAAGAGUGCGCCUUACAAACAGUGCAGCUAUGUGUCCUCUAAGAACGGCAAGCGCUGUCCCAACGCCGCGCCCAAGAUGGAGAGGAGAGACGGCGUUGCGUUCUGUGCGGAACACGCCCGCAGGAACGCCCUGGCUCUCCGCGCUCAGAUGAAGAAGGCGUGUGCAGGGCCCACAGCUGAGUCCCUCCUGUCUCAGCUCAGUGUGUACCAGCGACCGGACGCCCACAGCCUGGACGCCCGCAGCCUGGACGCCCGCAGCCUGGACGCCCGCUCCGAGGCCAGCCGCAUCUUAGAUGAAGACAGUGUGAGUGAAGAGGAGCAGAAUCCCCUGGGACUGGAUCAGACGUGGAGAGGAGAGCCGGACAGUGAGGCCGACAGCAACGACAGCGAGCACGAAGACCCGCUUAAACACGCAGGUGUGUACACGGCUGAGGAGGUGGCUCUGAUCACACGAGACAAACUCAUCCGUCUGCAGUCUCUCUACAUCGAUCAGUUCAAACGACUGCAGCACCUGCUCAAGGAGAAGAAACGCCGCUUCCUGCAUCAGCGCAGAGUGGAGCACGAUACUCUGGGGAGCAGUCUGCUGACGGGGCCUGAGGGUCUGUCUCUGAAAGAGCGUGACAAUCUAAAGAAGCUCAAAGCGCUGCGCAGAUAUCGGCGCCGCUACGGUACUGAGGCCCUACUGCACCGGCAGCUGAGGGAGCGGCGGCAGGCGGUCACCGACGGGGCGCCACAGAUCGCCCUCUGUGGUCUGCCUACGCUAGCGCUCUUGUUUUCUGGCUCCUGUCGUCGAUUUUUGGUUCGCCGGGUGAGGCUGUGUCGCUGCGCUGUGUUUCUGGCUUUUGGGGGUGUUUUGGGUUGUUCGGAUGGGGGCGCGCGCCCUGUGGCUCGAUUCGUAUGGAGCAGUGGGACUGGGCGUGGGCCGGGGUGCUUGGCUCUGCUGCGUGCGAUUAUUUUUCUCUUGGCGCGUCUCGUCUGA